GAAAUGAUCAGUUAGUUACUCAGGAACUCCAGCCUAACUAGACCGUUUUCUCCCACAUAUUCUUCCACGUAUGGGUGCCGAAUUUAUCUCUCCGAAAUUCUCAUUCGAGGAAUCAAGUGUUUUAAUUGGAUGAGUUAUAGUUAGUUUUUAUUAAUUUAAGAAAAAAAAGCGUGAAUGUUCUAGCAGAAUAAGAAAUUUUAUUAGUGCAAGGCCUGAAGUAGCCUUUAGUUUUUCUAAAUACAAUAAUUAAAAAAUAUACGAAUUUCGGGGGCCUUUGGAAGUCAAAUCGAAAAUAAUCCUACAAAAUGAAUGGGACGAGUAAAUCGAAUAAGAAACCGAAGUACAAGCUAGAAGCUCCUGAAGGAGGAUGGGGAUACUUAGUUUGCGUUGGGAUGGGCCUCGUGCUUCUAGGCGGUACCAUUGGAAUGCAUUGCUAUGGUUUGAUAUUCAACGACUUUCUGAAGAGCAUCGGAGUUGGGACUAGUGUCGUUGCAAUUGCAAAUGGGUGUUCUUUUGGAGUGAUGAGCAUUGCAGGUCUCUUCUCGAAUACUCUUAUCCAGAGAUUUGACAAACGAUCAGUUGGUGUUGCUGGAGGUUUCCUGUUUGUUUUAGGUGGUUUAGUUCAGACGUUCGCCCACUCUGCUAUGCACUUGUUUAUUGCGGCUGGUGUGCAAGGUGCCGCUUUUGGCUUUAUGAUUCCCAUAAUGUUCUCCACUUUCAACCAUUACUUCGUAACCCGACGAGCUAUGAUGAUGAGUGUAACUCAAUCAAUUAUCGGCGUGGGGCACAUGUUUGUUCCCAUUGUAAUUGAGCAUCUUCUAGAUAAAUAUGGAUUCCGCGGAUGUGUUGCUCUCAUAACAGCCUUUUCAGGAAACUGUAUACUUGGAAUGUUAGUCAUGCAUCCUGUGGAAUGGCAUAUGAAGAAAGUUCCAAUUACUGAAGAGGACGAGAGUAACCAAGAGGAGGGAGAGAAGCAUGAAAUAGGAAAAGCAGUAAAAGGCAGAAUCAAGGAUGAAGACUCACACCAAUUGAAGCCUCUUAUUGCUGAAAUGAAGGACAAAGGUCACAUGAAGUCGAUAGUAUCGCUGAGACGUGCGAAGCUUGCAGAUAGCGUUUCUAACUCGAGAAGAUCUAGUUUAGCAAGUUACAGUAACUGGACUGGCUCCGUGAUUAUCACCGAAGCUAUUGAGCCUCAGCCUAAAACUACAGGAAAAUGGAAACUGAUAGUUGACUUCUUGGAUUUGAGUCUUCUCAAACAACCUGUUUACGUUAAUAUCGUCCUCGGGAUAACACUUGCUUUCUACGCAGAUCUCUCUUUCUUCUCCUUCCAGCCGCUCUACUUAUUUGAAUUGGAGUAUACGAAGUUGGAGGUUUCUAGAGUAAUUGCAGUAGGGGCAGGUGCUGACUUACUCUCUAGGUGUGCCUUAGUAGUGCUUAAUGCGGUUGCACCUGUUCCAGCGAGGUACAUCUUCUUAGCGGGAGCUAUCGCGAGCAUAAUUUCGCGAUUUGCUUUUCUCUAUGUUAGAGACUUCUGGGCAAUGGCCGGCUUAACCGCCAUUAUCGGUUUUUUCAAAACAUGGAUGCAUAUUCCGAUGCCUUUAGUAUUCGCAGAAUAUUUGCCAAAAGAGAGGUUUUCCUCUGGCUAUGGACUUUUUAUGUUCCUUCAAGGAGUCAUAAUGUUUGCAAUUGGUCCAGUUGUAGGAUAUAUUCGCGAUUUGACGAGGAGCUAUUACAUGGCUUUUCAAUAUUUGAACGUUUGUUUGUUUAUCAAUGUCAUUAGUUGGCUCCAGGAGAUCAUAUGGCUACAAUGUAGGAAGCCGAAGGCUAUGAGCUCUAAUGAGGGAGAAAAACCGGAGAAACAGCCAGCUUAGAUUCUCUGAAAUUUUAA